AUGGCGGGGCUGGUGUCCCUGUGGCAGAGGUCAAGAGACUAUGUAAAGACUAAGGAAUUCCGCAACUACAUUACCAGCACCCACUUCUGGGGUCCAGUGGCCAACUGGGGCCUUCCGCUGGCUGCCUACAAAGACAUGAAGGAGUCGCCGGAAAUCAUCAGCGGCCGCAUGACGACCGCGCUCAUCUUCUACUCCCUGAUUUUCAUGCGCUUCGCCUACCGGGUCCAGCCACGAAACCUGCUGCUCCUGGCAUGUCACAGCGCCAACGCGACAUUGCAGAGCAUUCAGGCCAGCCGCUACCUGGCCUACCACUAUGGCGGCGGCAAAGCAUCUACCGCUGCCCAGGCCACUGUUGCUCCUCUUGCCGUCGCCACUACGGCUGCCGCCGCCACCGGGGCUCCCACUUCUGCUAUUGCGAUGGAGGACUGCGACCCUGGGUUCACAACCUCCAACUAA